UUAAAACAAUGGACUUUUUAUUAUAUGAUGCGUUAGCCUAGAUACGCCACGGAGAAAGUAAAUGUAGUAGUCUAUCAGAGAAACCAACAAACGGUGACAAACCUCAGUUAAAUUAAUCCCUGUUUGGAGUCGUAAAAAAAAAGUGGUUUCAAGUGAAAAUACCUUUGGUCAGUUCAUAAACUGACAUGUAGGAAAUCUUUCAAGACAUUUGGAAUAACACUUAAAGUUACCGAUAUUACCGGGGUUGAAACACUAAGUUCAGUACAAGCUUCAGUGGGCCAGUAUGAUAUGCCAAGGUGUGUGGUGUGAAGGAGCUCGAUUGAGUGUCCUAAUGCUGGCAUUGUGCUGCACGCUAGCACCCUCGCCCACCCAUGCCUUUAUCUAUGCUUAUUAUAACAAUAUGACCUCCAUGUUGUUUGAGGACCUGCCUGCCUUGUUUGGAUCCCCGCUUUCCAAGGAUGGACUAAUGGGAAUUCUGGUGGAGGCUCAUCCACUCAAUGGUUGCUCACCAAUACAACCCCCAUCUCCUCUACCACCAUCCACCGAUACAAACAUCACCAAGUUCAUAGCUCUCAUAAGACGCUAUGAUUGUAAUUUUGAUAUUAAGGUGUUGCAUGCACAACAGGCUGGAUUCAGUGCUGCGAUUGUUCAUAACAUGUACUCUGACACUCUGCUCAAUAUGAACUACAGCAAUGACACCAUUGCAGAGGAGAUUGAGAUCCCAUCAGUAUUCACCAGCUACUAUGCUUCAAAAAUUCUUAGGAAGCUAAUCAUUCCAGAACAAGGGACCUAUGUGAUUCUUAAACCGGAGUUUGCUUUUCCACUCUCUUACUAUCUCAUCCCAUUCACUGGAGUGAUUGCCCUGAUCAUACUUGUGAUGUUUGUCAUCUUGAUUGUACGUUGUGUACAGUACCGAAAAAGACUGAGGAAAAAUCGUCUCUCCAAGGAACAACUGAAGCGUAUUCCAAUCCACAGGUUUAGUAAAGGCGAUGACUAUGAUGUAUGUGCAAUCUGUCUGGAUGAGUAUGAAGAAGGAGACAAGCUGCGAGUCUUACCUUGUUCACAUGCCUACCACUGCAAGUGUGUAGACCCCUGGCUUACAAAAACAAAGAAGACGUGCCCUGUGUGCAAACAACGUGUCACCCAACACAACCCCGAGCACUCAGAAUCAGAGUCUGAAGAGGAGGCCAGAGAACAUGGAGAGAAUGAAGGGACAGUGGGUGAAGCUGAUUCAGAACGCACUCCUCUGCUUCGCCACACCGGCACAGGAUCACCCUCCGAUAGCUCAGGAGCCUACGCUGCUACUACCACCAUCACUACAGUAACCAAUGCCCAGUGCCUAGCUUACCCGGCCCACUGCAACUCACCCAUCCUUGACUAUGAAGGCUACUGUUCCCCCCAGGAGGACACAGACUCAGAAAGUGAUGAGACUGGGGAGGACACCAACCCCACUGAUGACACUGCUCAGCUUAUUGGUAGGGGUGGAGUGGCGGUCUGAGGGAAAAUUACCUUGCUGGGUUCACCAUAGUAAAUCUUUUAGUCUAUGGAGUUAAACUACAGUUUUAAGGUCGUGUAUACAAGGUUAUUCAAUUAUCUCGGCUCUAGGCAUUUUAGUACUCUGGCCACUUUGGUUGAUUGUGACAGAAAUGUUGACACAACAAUGGCAGGAGACCUUGUUUGUAUCAAAAUGGAUAUCGGUUACUGAC